GAUUUAUAGCCUUGAUCUUUAGUGCUGUCAGCAUAGUGUUCCGCUUGUAUAGUGAAAAGGACCAGGGUGGGGUCGGGGGAUUUCUGAAGAGGUUUCAAAAGUCAGUUACAGUUAAAGUAUCUGGGUUAAAUCAUGAAAACUCCCAAAGGAGAUCCAACUGGUGAGACCUCAUUCGAGUGUGGUUCAAUAUUUCUGGGAGACUCAGAUUGGUGACUGAGGAUGAAGAUUGUAGAUACUUUGGUGGUAAGGAAAAGGUCAGGCCCUGCACAUCAUGAUCUAGUAAAUUAGCCAGGGACAUACUGUUGGCCUUCCACUUCUGAGUUGGUACAGAAAUGUCUUCAAAUCAGGGCUGUUAUAGUUAAUGAGAACUAAGACUAAAACUAGCGGUGAAUGCCACACAAACUAAAACGAAAUAGAAUUGCAGGUUUUAUUCUCGUUCCCCCUUUAAUUUGCACUGUGGUUGCUAUACCACUUUGUCCUGUUCUGUUUGAGUUCUUGAGGAACACUGGCCUGAUAAAAAGGACCUAGGAUGAAUGAAAUAAAGGAUACUUGAUGUCAUGCAUCCUUUCAUUGUACCUUUCUCAGCUUCUUUAAAUCAAGGCUUUCUUCACAAUACCAGAAAAACUAAAACUAACACUAAAAAUAAAACUACUUAUGCACUCGGAAAACUAACUAAAACUAAACCGAAAUAAAAAACUAAACUGAAAGACUAAAAAAAAAAAAAACAUAAUGGCAAUUUCAAAACUAUAAUAUCUCUGCUUUACAUAAUAUCGUAACGCAAAAACAGGCUAUCUUGUCACUGACAGCAAAUCACAAUUAUGCGAAAUUACGACAUUUUAUUAGAUUUUAUAGACUCAUCAUAAGUGUGGACGCACCAUUUUAUGGACGCAGCAUAAAGACUCACCUAAAGUGAGGAACAUUUCUGGACAUUACAGGCUGUGGGUUGCCCUAAAGUAUCCUCGAGAUGGCGCUCUAUAGAUAGCAUAGAAAUUCAGGUUUCCCGGAGACCUUGCACUCUGUCCUUCUAGGCUAUGACUACCGGCUUCAUUGAACCAUUGUUAUUUAGGUCUACAUCUAAACCAUAAACUAUAGCCAGUAUAGCCGCCGAUGUGCAGUGAACGUUGGACACACAAUGUAACAAAGUAGCUCGUAAGUAGUCGUGACACUGUUACUUGGUGUCUGCUACAGCCAGUAUUUUGGUCUUGGUGAACGUGACUGACUCAUGAGCAUGCGCACUGCAUCAAAUCUCCUGUGUGGGGACGAAAGAGGACAUCACGGAAAAAAGUCGCCUUCGGCAACCCCACGCAGUGAUCUGAACCCCUCUGGCUGCUAUAUCACUGCUGCACCGAGCACGAUGCCAGGACUAGCGAUGCAUUCAAGAAUUACCAGACUCCACAACAAGGAUUAGUGGUUGGACAGACACGUUUAUUAUACCGUAUGGACGCAGUAUGCGGGAAAUGGUUGGAGGUUGCUGUGUGUGUUCUGACGAGCGCGGCUGGGCUGAGAAUCCGCUGGUAUAUUGUGAUGGACACGGGUGCAGCGUCGCCGUGCACCAGGCCUGCUAUGGCAUCGUCCAGGUGCCCACUGGACCGUGGUUCUGCCGCAAGUGUGAGUCCCAGGAGCGAGCAGCGCGAGUGAGAUGUGAGCUGUGUCCACAUAAAGAUGGAGCCCUUAAAAGGACAGACAGUGGAGGCUGGGCCCAUGUGGUGUGUGCUUUAUACAUCCCUGAGGUGCAGUUUGCCAACGUCCUGACCAUGGAGCCCAUUGUCCUGCAGUAUGUGCCCCACGAGAGAUACAUCAAGACAUGUUAUAUCUGUGAGGACCACGGGCGAGAAAGCAAGGCAGCCUGUGGUGCUUGCAUGACCUGCAACCGACCAGGCUGUAGACAAGCCUUCCAUGUCACCUGUGCUCAGAUGGCAGGUCUGCUGUGUGAAGAGGAGGGGCCGGAGGCAGACAACGUGAAGUACUGCGGCUACUGCAAACACCAUUACAGCAAGAUGCAAAAGAAGCUGCGGUCGUCAGGGGAGACGUUGAGCAGCUCCUUCAACCACGCCAGAGGACGCUCCAGCUCACCGUCCCAGGACAAACACAGCUCUCACCACCACAGGCCGCGCAAGAGUCACAAACCAGACAAGAUGAAACUGAAGGAGCGGCACAAGAAGUCCCCAGACGGCAUGGGCUCCCCCCUCUCCACCACCAUGGAAAAGUUGUCUUCCAGCCACCACAGCAGCAGCAAGGAUGGUGAAAUCAAGCCCAAGAAGCUGAGCUUGCAUGGCCUGGCCCACCGCAGCAGCAGCAAGAAGCCCGGCAGCGGCUUCAAGAGCUGCUCCUCCUCCUGUUCUUCCAGCCCCUUCAACGCAGGGGGCACCUCUCUGCCAUCCAGCCAGGACUUCCUGCAGCUCUCCUCCUCUUCCUCCUGCCGUCUGGAGAGGGAGCCCGAGGAGCCGACCCGACCCGACCCCCCGAGCCCCGGGAGGAGCGCAAGCGCAGGAGCCUCCCGGAAGAGAACGAGGAGGAAGAGGAGGAGGAGGAAGAGAAGGAGGCGCGCCAGUGAAGAAGUGGUGGAGGAAGAGGAGGAGGAGGAGGAGGAGGAGGAGAAAGAGGUAAAGGAGAGAGAGAGCAAGUACCACAAGCCUCCGGCCCUGCAGCCUCCCGCCCUCACGCCCGCCAAUGGGCCCCCCGAGGCAGAGGCCAACACCUUCGAGACUAAGGUCACCAUCUCCACCUUUGGCUCCAUCAUGCGCAUCACUUCCUCGUCGGGCCUGGGCGGUGCCGGCGGCGGCAGCAAGGUGCGUAAGAUGAGCUCCAAGUCCAGCAGCAGCCGCGCCCCGCAGUCCACCCCGCCUGUCUUGGAGGAGUCGGUCCCGCCCGAGCGGCAGUCCUCCUCGCCGUCGCUGCCACGCGAGCGCCGUCACCGCGGCAACAAAAAGAGCCGCCACGGCCCGGGCCGGCCGCGCGGCAGCAAGAACCGCGAGCGCGAGAAGCGCGGCGAGGACGAGCAGCAGCAGCAGCAGCAUCACCACCGUCACCACCACCACCACCAUCAGCCCACCCAGACCCAGAGCCAGGCCCAGCCGCAGGGCCAGCAGCAGGGGGGAGCUCUGGCCUUCUCUGCCCCCUUCUCCGGCCCAGCCAGCCUGCCCCCCGCAGCCUUCCCCACCUCCACCACCAACUCACUAAUCAGCUCCGGAAUCUACAGCAGUCAUAAGGACCCCCUGUCUCUGGGUGGGGGUGUGUGCAGCACUCCUCUCUCCACUGGGCUGCUACCCUCCCACAGACCCAGUCUUCCUCUCACCCCCGCCAACUCCACCGCCAACACACAGGUACAUUCGGGCCCUGGAGUCCCCUACAGCCUCAGUGCCUCUCAGCCCUUCAGCAGCUUCCUGUCCACUGCGCCUACACUUCCCCCGCUCCUGAGCCAGGCACAGAGCACACUUCCAGAAUCCGAAAUGGACGACUGCCGAUAUCCCUGCCGUGACAGCUCCCCACGCGAGAGUCUCUCCUCACAGUCUCCCAUGAGCAGUCUGCCGCUGCUCUUCGACCAGAGGGAGGGGGUGGAGCACCUGCGCUCGCGCCUGGAGAACGUUCCCCCGGCCAGCUCCCACAUCGAGCUGCUCCUGGAGAAACACGGCAACGGGGAGACGGGAGUCAACAUCGUGGAUACGCUCCAGUCUCUGCACUCCCUGCAGCAGGAGAACCAGCGGCUGCAGGACCAGAUCCUCAGCCUCACCGCCAAGAAGGACCGCCUGCAGCUGCUCAACGUGGAGUUGGCCGUGCCCUUCGUCCCGCCGGGCGCCCCCCCGACCUUCGCCCACGCCCACAUCCACGGACACGGCCACGUUCACCUCCCGUCCCUCCAGGCCGCUGCCAACCUCGCCACCAACCCCGUCGCCGUCGCCGCCCAGAUCAACGCAAACGCCCAGACCGGUGCCACGGCGACCGUCCCUGCCGGCUUCCUCUCCUGCGCUCACGACCCCCUGAGCUCCAGUAAGAGCCCCCUCACCAAGAGCAGUUUCCUCAGCGACAACUCCUUCAUCACCUCCUCUGAGGACCUCCACUCAGGCAGUCCUUCCCGCAGUAGCUCCUCCUUCUCCUUCCAGAGCACCCCGCCCACUCAGCAGAGCCCCGCCUCCUUCAGCCAGCCCCUGCUGAAUGGACUAGGGCGGGGCUUGAGCGAAAGCCUGGCAGGGAUUGGUGGUGGUGGCGGGCUGAUGGAUGGCCUGGCUGGAGGCCCCCAGCUGUCAGGGGUGAACGGGUUGCUGGGGGCCCUGAACGGGGUGAUGGGCUCGGCCCAGGUGCCCCAAGGCCACCUGCCGGCGCUGCAGCCCCAGGCCCCACCCCUCAACCCAGGCUCUGGCCCAGGGGCUGCAGAUGCCCAAGAGCCUCAGCCCGUCAAAUGGUGGAAUGAUUUUGUUGUGUUUCAUGGCUGCAGGUCCUCCCUCCUCUCUGACCACCAGAAACAGCUCUUGCUUCAGAAACAGCAGCAGCAGCAGCUCCAAGAGAUCCUCGUCUUGAAACAGUUCACUCCGGAGCAGCAGAUGUUGGUGUACCAGAUUCUCCAGCAGCAGCAGCAGCAGCAGCGGCAGCGUGACCUCCAGCGCCUGUCCCUCGGGGGCUCCCUUCCCUCUUCCGCCCCCUGCGCCCCCCUCAUUAGCCCGUCCCCUGGCCUGCUGCCCCAGGCCAACGCCUCCCCCAUGCAGGCCAACCAGGGGAGCGCGCUCUUCGGCCUGCAGGAGAACUCCCUCCACAAGCCAGGCGUACGUAGCCACAUCCUCCCCUCUCACAGCUUCAGCUGUAGAUAGACUCCUGUGACUAGCUGUUAGCUCGUGGUGCUAUCAAAUGCUAAAGGCCGUAGGUCCACUUUUAUCUUUUAGGGUAGCCGGCGCUCCAGUUUUAGCUGUAGAUAGGCACCUAUGACUAGCUGUUAGCUUGUGGUGCUAUCAAAUGCUAAAGGCCACUUUCCAGGUUGCAAAAAUAGCUGCUGAUGAAACAGCACUGAGACUCAAGCAUGUGAAAAGAAUCAUGAAGAGUUAGGAUCAUGAAAGGAUCAGACCAUCAGACUAAAUUAAGAGAACGUAACUGAAACGACUGUGAUGGCAACAUAGCUUGUUCUUCCAACUUUCAGAAGCCAUAGCAAAUGUAGCAUUUUAUUAUUUUUGUUUUUCUGCUCUCAAUGAUGUGUGUGAUGUUAAUUUUGCCCUACUGGCUUGUUCUUGUUGUAAAGGCUGGAUUUCAUAUUUAGCUAUCCUAACAAAUAGCUUGGAGAUCCAUGGCUUUACGCAGCAGCAGCCAUUACCAAAUGCCAAGAGAAUAUCCCAGCUGGCCUCAGAAGGUAUAGUGGAAUGAACAGCAAAAAAAAAAAAAACGAAAAGCACUGUGCAGUACAACAGACACAGCUACGUACCGACCUUCCUUUAAAUUUCCUCAACACUAAAGUUUCCACAAAUGAAACCAGCUGACUCUGAACCAGGUCCGUCACCGGUCAGCUUCCGUACGGGACUGAUGCUCCCAUUGAGCCCACUGGUGCCAGACUCACGGGCUCAGUUUCCACACCGGUGGAAAAGAAUGGCGUCAGUGUGUGUCUGUAAAGUACUGCCAGGUGUACAUACAGUACCUUGUGUUUGUGCUCCUCAUUCAGAGACCCAGGGGAGACCCUUAGAUAUUCUUCUGGUGACCCAAGUCAAAGGGGAAGGCAAACAGCACCUGCCUCGGUUCUGCAGUCACCUGCAGUCCUGCAGUCACCUGGGAACUUGUCUUGGGAAUGGGGACGGUGUUGUUCAGUCUAAGGCUAGUUAGUUACACGCGGGGUGAGGGAAUCCAUUAUCCUUGGAGCCUCCUAAAUCAUCAGAGAGUAGUGGGUGAUGAAAGACUUACAGUAUAUAAGGACCCUGUCCUCUGUAUGUUUGCUACUACUUAGGGUAUGGUAGAGUGUGUUUGCUACUCAAUAAAGGUGUGGUAGAGCAGCUGUGCAUCUCACAAGCUUUGUCGUUUCUUUCAGUCGGUGGGAGACAAGGGAGGGGACAAGAACGGAUGACAUCACUUCCUAACCUAGCUGACGAUGUCCGCCCAAUGGGAAAACGUCCGUCCCAUCACCCGUCCCACCCGGUCUUGCCUCACUUCCUUCCUUCUGCCUGGAAUAGUCGACUCCUUCCUCCUCUCUCUUCUUCCCGUUCUUCACUCGUCUUUUUUCUCAGUGAAUGUAUUAUGGCACUGACUUCAGGGGUCAGAUCUGAAGAUAGAGUUGUAGUUAGUUCUAUCGUUUUCUUUAUUAUCUGUAUUUUUUAUAGGCAAAAACACAUAGGCAGCUUUUUUUCAGGAGAACAGUGAUGGUCUGAUCUAUAUAUCUCAGUUUGCACUAAUUUGUUUAUUUGUCGGUUUGUUUAUUAUUAUUAUUAUUAUUAUUGUUGUUAUUAUUAUUACUAUUAUUAUAUUUUUUUAACUAGAGACUCUGGUCAUUGAUACUGGUGGUGUUCCAGCUCAGCUUGUAGUGGACUCUGACAUUUUCCGAGACCCCAGAGCUCUCGCCCUGUCUUCCAGCCUCACCAAAGCCCCCUGUGGAAGAAGCCUGGACUCGUUAGCACUUGGCUCUUCUUGUUAGUCGUGGUUGUUUGUCGUAGUAGAAAAUACUGUGCUUGAGAAUGAGGAUGAUGACUGUGACGCAGACGCCGCUUCCUUCUCCAAUCCAGUCUGAGACUGUCUUCCUCCAGGAACCUCGUCUCUCCCUCGACUCCACUUCAACCCUUGUGCACACUGGCAGUUGCUUCGUCCCGUGUGCUGGUCAGAGUGUUUGAGAUCGGUGAGAGAACGUUUGAGAAUUUGUUUCAAAAUAUGAAACGUGACAGUGACCGCAUUCAUGUCACCUUGACACUGUUAUGGAUUUAUCAUAGGUUAUCCAAUACUGUGUCAAAAAUAUGUUUUUUCUUUCAUGUAAACUUGCUUAAGCAUACAUGUUAGCAUGGGCCCCCCACGCAACAAACACAAAUGUUGACAAAAACUCCAGGCCCCCCUCAAUAGCCUAAACGAUGCAUAAACACAUAGAUUUUCUCUCGGUUUUAAGAUGCAGUCCAUGAUUCGGCUUCGGUUUUGCAAAUGUUGAUAUUUGCACUCAUAAACUGGGAUUGUUUAUGGUUCGGUCCGAACCACUAUGUUUAUUUCCCAUUGACAGAGUCUGGACUGUGUACGAACACCAAAUUAAAAAAAUUUACCGCAAACACUGAACAGACAGCUAGAGGGCUGUGAGAAGCAAUUGGCAGAAUUGGACAAAAAGUGGAUGGGAUUAGAAUCGAGGACCGCACUUGUUAAUGGUUCUUUUAAAAACCAAGCCCCUACUGAGAUUCAAAUGAACUACACACUUCCGAUUUUAAAACCUGUGUAAAUAAAAAAAAUAAGCCCCGAGCAAAGUCUCGUUAAAGAUCACCCAUAUGUACAGCAGUGUAUAUUGUGCUAAUAUGCAGCUUUUAGCCAAUAAGGCGUACCUUAUCCAAUAAGGUGUGGUACUAAUUAGGAGACUAGGGAUUAGGUAGUGAUUUAUAAUGGAUGUUUUGCACACUUUUAUGAGGUGUUAAAUGUUUCUUUUACUGCUAUGGUUAUUCAGUGGUCAUUUCAUUAGGAUGUUGUUUUAAAUUGACUGACUGACUAUAGUUGUCUUUGAGCAGCUUAGUCGAUGCCUUAAUGUUUGUGAUAAAUUCACGUAAAAGUCCAAAGUAAUUCAUCCUUUUUUCUUUCUUUCUUUCUUUUUUUUUGCUCUGUGUAUCGGGUACACUGAUAGCAGUUUACAGCUUGUAGAGGCUGUGGAAUGAAGAGAUUUGAGCCUGUCCCAUUUCUAUGAGACUUACAUGUAGUAGAGAGAAAUAAAAGAAUAAUAUUCAUAUGA